AUGCAGAAUGAAACAACUGUCACGGAAUUCAUCCUCCUGGGGUUCUCCAGCAACCCAGCACUGCAGCUUUGCCUCUUUGGCCUUUUCUCUGUCCUCUACUCUGCAACUCUGAUGGGAAACGCACUUGUCUUCGUGCUUAUCUGCCUGGACUACCACCUCCACAGCCCCAUGUACUUCUUCCUCUGUCACCUCUCCAUCGUGGACAUCUGCUACGCCUCCAACAACGUCCCUUAUAUGCUGAAGAACCUCCUUGGACAAGGCAGAACCAUCUCCUUCGCUGGGUGUGGGACACAGAUACAUCUUUAUUUAAUCUUUGCACUUACAGAGUGCGUGCUGCUGGCCGUGAUGUCUUAUGAUCGUUAUGUGGCAAUAUGCCAUCCCCUCCGCUAUACCCUCAUCAUGAACCGGAGGGUGUGCCUCACCCUUGCUGCAGUUUCAUGGGCUUUUGGGUUCGUAUUUGGUACACUGCAAGCCUCUCUGGCUUUACACCUGCCUUUCUGUGGCCCCUGCGAGGUUGACCACUUCUUCUGUGAAAUCCUUGCUGUCUUAAAGCUGGCCUGCACUGACACUACUGCCAAUAAAGUCCUGAUCUUUGCUGUCUGCGUGUGCUUCCUGCUCUUCCCUUUAGCUUUAAUCCUAAUUUCCUACUUGUACAUCCUGGCCACCAUUCUGCGCAUCCGCUCUGCACCAGGUUGGCAAAAAACAUUCUCCACCUGUGGCUCCCACCUGACUGUGGUGGGUCUGUUUUAUGGAAAUGCCAUCUUCAUGUACAUGGGGCCUGGGAGCAGUAAGUCAUCUGGGAAGGAGAAAGUUCUUUCCCUUUUCUACAGUCUUGUCAUCCCCAGUUUGAACCCCCUGAUUUACAGUCUGAGAAACAAGCAGGUAAAGGAAGCCUUGCUGAAGCUUCAGGGAAGGAAAAGAGUCUUGCGUUUCCUGUAG